AGGCUGCACUGUCUUUCCCGCCAUGUCGUUUGUGGAGAGCGGGAGGCUCUCGGCUCCGCUGCGCCGCACUGGGACUCCGGCCCAACUUUCUCGGCCGAUGUAUUCAGCCUUUUCUCAGGGGGACGGUUGGGGUGAGGGCGAGGUCGACGAGGAGGAGGGAUGCGGCCAAGUUGCCCGUGACCUGCGGGCGGAGUUCUCGGCUGGGGCGUCCUCGGAGCCCAGGAAGACCUCGUUACUCCCUUCGGUCGGGGAUGGGUCGCCAGUUCUGCCAGAUAAACGGAAUGGCAUCUUCCCGGCGACUGCGGGCGGCCGAGGCCCGGUUCGGCGAUGGCCUGUCCAGGUCCUCUCUGUGCUCUGUUCGCUGUUAUUCGCCGCCCUUCUCGCUUUCCUCCUUGCCAUCGCCUACCUGAUCGUGAAAGAGUUACAUGCUGAGAAUCUGAAGAAUGAAGAUGAUGUAGACACUGGGCUAUUAGGAUUCUGGAGUCUGCUUAUAAUAUCCCUAACUGCAGGAUUCUCCUGUUGCAGCUUUUCUUGGACAGUGACUUACUUUGAUUCUUUUGAACCAGGAAUGUUUCCUCCUACUCCCCUUUCACCUGCCAGAUUCAAGAGACUGACUGGACAUUCUUUCCACAUGGGCUAUAGCAUGGCAAUUUUGAAUGGCAUUGUUGCUGCUCUUACUGUAGCAUGGUGUCUCAUGUAA